UCUUGUGCUAAUAUAAAAACCCGUUUAAACUGAAACUUUUAAAUUUUGAAGAAACUUUAUGAUCUGGAAUUUAACUUGAGUUUCUUUUUUUUGUUAAUUGGGUGUUUUUCUUUUUUCUUUUCUAUAUCAUGAAUUAAAGCUAGUUUUAGUGCUGCAAUUCAUAGAUUAUCCAAAAAAGAGCGAGCGGCCAACACUGUUUCAUUUUUUGUUGUUGUUGCUGUGAUAGUGAAUUUGUGUUUUUUCAUAUUGUUGAUUGAUCAAUGGCUGCACCUAGGAACAGUGGGAAAUCAAAAAUAUCAACACAAGAAACUCAUAAUUUCACAGGAUUGGACUUUGACCAUCAUUAUCAUCAUCAUGAAUUAGCCUUUGAUGAAACUAGAGAAUGGAAGCAAGUUUUUGAUGAAGCUUCUAUGUCUCAAACAAACAACACUAGACCGUUGAAAAAAACCAAAAGCCCUGAACAUCAACCUUCAUCUUCAUCACCAUCUUCAUCUUCUAGACUGUUUCCAUUCGCAUUUGAUGGAAACAAUCAACACACAAUCGAGACAUUACAACAAUACAGAUCGAAUUCUUUCCCAGCUUCUCAUUCGAAUCUAAGCCCCUCAUUCCCACAUCAACAACAACCAUCACCAAACCAACAAAUGAUCUCUUUUAACCACCACCAGCAGCAACAACCUCAAAUGAUCCAUGGGUUCCCGCCGUAUUUUUUAGGCGAGAAUCCAGGUUUAUCUCAACAUCAGAUGCUAAGUUAUUGGAGUGAUUCAUUGAAUCUUAGCCCAAGAGGAAGGAUGAUGAUGAUGAAUAAAAUGAGACCACCAAUUCAACCCAUUCACACAACUAAAUUGUAUAGGGGUGUAAGGCAGAGGCAUUGGGGUAAAUGGGUUGCUGAAAUCCGUCUGCCGCGUAACAGAACCCGUCUCUGGUUGGGUACUUUUGACACGGCAGAGGACGCGGCGAUGGCAUAUGAUCGGGAAGCAUUUAAGCUUCGGGGUGAGAAUGCACGGCUUAACUUCCCUGAGCGGUUUUUGGGGAAAACCAAGACAGAAUCGGGGCAGAAUUCAGGCGAGGGUUCUUCAUCGUCCCCACCAUUAACAGAACUAGUGAAAGACGAUACUAUAAAGGAGAAAUCGAAAGAAUCACAGGAAAACGAGACAGAGACUGAACUUUUCCAUGGGGAUAACCCGGGAACAGGGGAAAGGAAUUCUGAUUCUGAACCGGCUUGGGGAGAAUUGGCCGAGAAUUGGUAUAAUUCAGGUUGGGGACCCGGGAGUGCAGUAUGGGAUUGUCUUGAUUCCAACAACAAUCUAAUGUUUCCAACAAAUUUUGAUGUUGAAAACAUUCAAGAACAUCAUGAACAAGAACAUGGGAAUCAUGAUUUCUCUGUUUUUGAAUCGCAAAUGAAUACUUUCUUUUAAAAGAAAAAGUUUGAUUUUAGUUGUGGAACUGAGGCUGCAUAUUUUAAGCCUUGUUUCUACAUAUUAUGACUUGUACUUGGUAGUAAUAGUAGUAGUAGUGGUAUUAGUAGUAGUGGCAACUAGCAAGUGCAGGGGCAGAACAGAUAGAGACAGUUUUAUGAUCUCUUUUGUUGUAGUAGAGUGUCCCCUCGAUCUUCAUCAGCUGCAAGAUCUAUUUUUUUGAUCUUCCAUUGAUGUCCCAUUUAGUUCCUUGUUUUUUGAGUGAUGUUUUGUGUUUUUGCAUCCUCACAAUACAUAUGAGUAGUAAAUAGUAGAAUUCAUGUCAUGUUCAGUUGAUUUU